AUGGCUAAUGAACGUACCAUGAGCCUCACCAGGCCUCAUGAGAGGAGCCAAUUCAUCAAUACCGUCCGGGAGAGGCAAAGACAUGAUGAUUUUCAAAAUAAAAAUGAGAAAUCUUGGGUUGAAAAUGGAUCUGUGAGAUAUUGUCAGCCAGAGACACGAAGGAAAUUCAUCAAUUCUCUAGAACUCCGUUUGAUGGGAAAGGAUAAUGUCACGCGGCGCCGCGUGACAAUUUCAUCAUUACUACCUUCUACAUCAUCACAAACCUCGCCGUCGCCAUCGAUAAAUCGUCCGGGACUACUGCAGAGUCGUGCAUUGUCCCGUGGGGGAGUGUUAGCCAAUAGAAUCUGGCCAGGACAGCCGAACCGCCGUCAGAUAAUUACCCCUUCCGUCAAAUAUUUCUCCGUUCAACUUAUCCUCUGA